AUGGGGGAUGGGCAGGAGUUGCUGACAUGUGGCCGAGAUGAAGAUGGUGAGCUGGGCACGUUUCUGGACAUCGCUGCCGUUGUCCGCGAUGAGCUGAGGCUGCUCAAGAUGUGGGCAAACGAUGAGGCGGGGGCAGCGGCGGAUGCGCCUGAUCCCGUCGUGGCUGCAAAGGAUGCAGGCUCGACCUACGCGCUUGCGCUCGCGGUGGGAGGUGUACUGGAUGCGGCGCUGGAUGCGGCAAGCAAGGUGGUCGAUGACGGCGAGGCGCUGAUCCUCGCCUGCUCUGCCGUUCACGGCGACGAGGUCGAUGUCGAGGCCUGGCGGCAGCAGCGCAAUGCCCUGGUGGCAGUGUGGGAUGAUGUCCUUGCGCUCAACGUCCCGGCCCACCACGAUGUGCUGCGUACAUGGCGUACCAAGUCGCUCAAGGCGGCACACACCGUCCGACUUGGCACCGCCGAGUCGCACGUCUUAGCCUCGCUCGACAACGAGAGCUUGCACACUAGCGAUGCUGACGCUGACGCUGUCGCCGCUUCCACCGCCGCUGAAGCAGCAGCGGCGCGCACAGCUCGUUUCAUUGCCGAGGAAGAGGAGCGCCAGCGAAUCGCCGCCGAGCGGUCUGCACUCGACGCCGAAAAGGCCGCUGUCGACGCCGCAUUUCUCGACCGCGCCUCUAUCGACGAGGCGCUCGCAAAUGCCACAGAGACAAAAGAGGCCGCAGCUACCGAGCUUGCUCACGCUGAAACGGUUCGCGCUGCGGCGGAAUCGUUGCUGGCUCAGACACAGGCCGAUGCCGCCGAGCGAGACGCUGAGCUCAGCCGCCGAGCCGACGAGCUCGCCGAGCGCGGAGCCGCAUGCGACAAACGAAGCGCCGACCUCAGCCAGCGGGAGAUUGAGCACGAGGCCGCAGCUGCAGCUCUCGACACCCGUGCUGCUGCGCUCCAGCACCAAGCCGAAGAGCUCGCGACGCAGCGGGCGAUGGCGUUGCGCGAGCGCGAGCGCGCAGUGGCUGGUGCCCGAGCCGAGCGCGACGCCAUUGCUGUCGCCACCGCAGAUCUCCACAGCCAGAGGCUGGAGGCGCGGGCGCAGCGCCACGAGCUGGAGCUAGAGCGGAGACGCGUGUUCAACGAAGCUGCACGCGCGGCGGCGGCGGCGGCGCGGGCGACCGAGGACACCAAGGCAGCAUCAGCUGCUGCUGCAGCUAUCGCAUCCGACCGAAGCGCACUGGCGUCGCUGCGUGCAGCGCUCAACUCCGCCCGCGAGCAAGCCACCACUGCCCGCGAUGAGCUUGCCGCUGACCGCGACGCACUCUGGGAAGAGCAGCAGGCAUGGAAGGCCAAGCAAGAUGUGGCCGAGCGCGAGUUAGCUUCCCGCAAUGCCUCGCUCGCGACCCGAGAGCAUGCGCUCGAGCUGGCGGCGGCCGAGGUGGCCGAAGCGCGCGAGGUGCUUCUACGCGAGCAGGAGGCGGUGGAGGCGGCGUCUGCGGCCAUGCGCGAUCGGGCUGCAGACAUCCAAGCCAAGUUUGCAGCGCUGGAUGAGCAGAGCCAUGCGCUGCACACACAGCAAGAGUCCGUGGCUGCCGCCGAGGUUGAGGCGCACAGGGCCGCGCUCGACGCCGAACGCGAGCGGUCCGAGGCUCUGCGUGCCGCAGAACGAGCGCAAGCCGCCGAGCGCGAGGCUCUUGAUCGGGAGAAUGCAGCCGCUGCACACGUCGAGGCGCUCGCAGCGAGAGAAGCCGCGCUCGAAACGGAAGCCCACGAGCUAGCCGAGGCUCGGGCCCUGCUGGCGCGCGAGCGAGCCGAAGCUGAGGACAAGGCGUCGGCAGCGUCAGCCCAAGUGCAAGAGCUACUGGCAUCGGUGGUGACUAGCUCGAGCAAGGCCGCUGCCGACCGCGAGGCACAUCUGCAGGCGCGGACCAAGUACGAGAAGCUGCUUGCUGAGCUCGAGGCGCAACGGGUAGCGCUCGCCGGCGAAGCCGACCUGGUCGCGGUAUCGCGGCGGGCAAUGGAGGAGGAGAAUGCCAAACUCAAGCACGAGCUCGCCCUGGUGCACGAGCAGCGCGAGCACCUCCUUGCGCAGCGGCAGCACUACGAAGCGCAGUCGCGAUUUGUCAUGUCUGAGACCGUGCGGCUGCAGACCGAGGCCGACAUUCUUGCAGACCGUAAGACCAAGUUUGAGACGCGGAUGAAGGAAGCGUCGGUCCAGCUGGCGCAGCUCGAGGCGGCACGGCCCGAGGUCUCGGCGUCGCUGGACAAGGUUGCUGCCGAGUCUGCGGCGCUCAAGGCCGCCAAGGCCGCGUUUGAGGCGUCGAUGAAGCACAAGCUGGCGCAGCUGGCAAGCGAAAAGGCUCAGCUUGAGGCCGCCAAAACUGCUUUUGAGGCCGCCGACGAGCAGGCGGCCUCGUCACGAGCCUCGCUCGCCGCCGACCGCGAUCAGAUCGAGGCCGAGCGGGCAGCGCUCCGGUUUGAGCGUGAGAAGCUGGCAGCAACCAAGGACCAGCUCGUUCAGCAGCACACGCACUUUCUCGCCGAGCACAAGGCAGUCGCCGCAGGCAAGGCUGCGCUGGCAGCCGAGAGGGCCGAGCUCGCGGCGUCGUCGGAGCGGAUAGUUGAGUUGCGCGCCGAGCGCGAUGCUCUCGCCCGCGAGCGGGCUGAGCUCGAGUCGCUCCGGCUUGCUGCGCUCCAGGCGCAAAAUACCGCUGCCGCUGAUACCAAACGCGCCGAGGCUCGCGCAGCUGAGCUCGAUGACCAGGCCGCCCAACUCCGUGCCGAGCGCUCCGCACUGCUUCAGCAGAAGAUGGCCACCGCCGACGGCAGCCAUGGACACGAGAGCACUCCGCCCGCGCCCAUGCCUUCUCCAAUCCCACACGGCAAGGACCGAGAGGACCGGGCAAAAGGAGCCACAAACCCAGUCGUCGCCAUUUGA